AUGCACUCACAGGCGAGGAACCAACCCCAAAAGUUCCAAACUCUCAAAGCCCCCGACGUCGCAGUACAGCCGCUGAACAGGAAUUACGCGGAUGAGCAGGAAGAGAACGAGUCGCUCAAGCCACGCUUCUCUCAGAUUGGCAAGAAAUUGAUGUGCAGGGACUCCGAAGGAAAGAUUGAUUUCCAGUGGGAGGGUGGGCUACUCUACCGAAGCUACACCGAGAAAACCGGACGCAUGGUGCGUCGGCUGGUCGUCCCAAGGUGCCAUCGAGAGGCGGUAUCGAAACUUGCACAUGACGGAAUAAUGGCUGGUCAUUUCGGCGAGCAAAAGGCGAAGGACCGAAUUUCGGACGAAUUUUUCUGGCCAGGCAUCACCGCAGACGUGAAGAGAUUUGUCACCUCCUGCGACAUCUGCCAGACAAUAAUCCCAAAGGGCAGGGCCGUGGCGCUGCCAAGUGUGGAGAGGGUCGCUGAAGCGCUAGUGAAAAUAUUCUCUCGAUUUGGCCUCCCUAACAAAGUCCUAAGCAACCGGGGCACCGAUUUUACUUCUGACUUGAUGAAGGAGGUUGCCCAACUUCUCUUCAUACGCCAGCUGCAUACAAUGCCGUACCACCCUACGGCAAAUGGGAUGGUCGAGAGAUUCAAUGGCACCCUGAAACUGAUGUUAAAGAGAAUGUGGGCCGAAAAACCGAGACUGGGACCUGGUGCUGUUGCAAGUUUGGGCUUCUCGCCCUUUGAGCUGUUGUGUGGGUGGCAUGUGAGGGGACCCCUGGCCAUUUUGAAGGAACUGUGGACAAACUACCAGCUCGAUGAGGAGGAGAAGACAACUUACCACCACGUUCAGUUCAGCACGAAGUUCAGCACGAAUUAA